AUGUUCCGCACAGCCGCCUUCCGCUCCGUCGCCCGCGCCGCGGCCGUCCGCCAAACCACGCUCGCACCCCGUUUCGCCGCGCCCGUCGUCGCCCUGCGCGCCGCCGCGCAGAGCUUCGUGCCUGUCCGCAUGUACAGCGCUGGCGGCGGCCUGAAGAAGGAGGAGGUCGAGGGCCGCAUCAUGAGCCUGCUCCAGGGCUUUGACAAGGUCAACGAUGCUUCCAACAUCAAGCCCGCUGCCCACUUUGCCAACGACCUCGGCCUCGACUCGCUCGAUACCGUCGAGGUCGUCAUGGCCAUUGAGGAGGAGUUCAGCAUUGAGAUUCCCGACAAGGACGCCGACACCAUCCACUCCGUCGACAAGGCUGUCGAGUACAUCAUCAGCCAGCCCGACGCCAACUAG